AUGAGUUCCUACCAGCAGAAGCAGCCUUUUGUCGUGCCUCCUCAGCCUCAAGAGCAUCAAGUGAAGCAACCCUGUCAGCCUCCAUCACAAGGACAAUUUGAACCAAUAACCACCACUGGGCCAUGCCACACAGAUGUUCCACAACCAGGAAACACCAAGAUUCCAGAGCCAUGCAACACCAAAGUGCCUGAGUCAGGCUACACUGUUGUCCUUGAGCCAGAUUAUACUACAGUGCCUGGGCCGUGCUCUACCAACAUCCCUGGGCCGUGCUCUACCAACAUCCCUGGGCCAUGCUCUACCAACAUCCCUGGGCAAGAUUAUACCACAAUCCCUGGGCCAUGCUCUACCAAUAUCCCUGAGCCAAACUCAGGGCCAUGCUCUACCAAUGUUCAUGAACCUGGCUAUGUGAAUGUCAAGGUUCCUGAUCAGAGCUAUACCAUGAUACCUGACCAGGGUUACUCUAAGGUACCAGAGCCAUGCCAGUCCAAGAUUCCUGAAGCGUGUCCUACAACUGUCACUCCAGAAUUAGCUCAGCAGAAGACCAAGCAGAAAUAA